CUUUCCCUUCAUUGUUUCAUCUCCUUUUCAUUCACAGUGCUAGACUACAGAACCGGGCCCGGUCGGUCUGUCUCACGUGGUCAGCCCAUGCGAUUGGAUUGAACUCCCUUCGAUGGCCUCGCCGUCACAUAUGGUGCCGUCAUAAACAAUAACAUUCCAGCCGCGCUCCGCACCCUCUGACUCCAGCUCCUCCGCGCCUUCGCUACUGCCCACGAUGGCAGAUUACGACGACGAUGACGCUGGUGGAGUCAUCCUGGACGGGCCCUUUGAUCCUGAUGCCCAAGCUACCGUUACCGACUUCAUCGAUUAUACCGAAUACCUCCCUGCUGAUAUCAUCCGUUCCCUUACUCUCAUCCGCGGCUUGGACGAGCGCUAUCUAGAAGCCACUCAAGGCGUGCAUGAGCUCACCAAGACCUAUGGGCGGCUCCCCGAAUUACCUCCAGAUGGACGUCCUGAUGCGCGCAAUUUGCGCAAAGAUAUCUCUUCCCAACUCGACCGCGCAAUCAAUGCCCGCGAGUCCGCUUACGCGGAGGCCUGUCGUUUAUACGAUGUUGUCGAUCGCCACUUCAAUCGCUUAGACUGUAUCAAGCAGAAGCUUGAGGCACUCCCAAAACCACCGCCCGCCGAAACCACUGCGUCGCAGACUGUUCCCGUCACCAAGCGUGGUCGACCAACGAAGAAAGGUGACGAUGUGGUAGCGCCCACAACGCGCAUCACGCUUCGCUUGGAUAGCCAUGAUCAUACGAAAUCUGCGUCAACUCUAAAAUCGAGAACGCGACGAUCAGUCAUCUCAGCGGAGCACCUUGCCGGUCUGCACCCCGACUCGCCGAUCGCCAGUACCGAGCAUUCGGAUGUGGAGGAGCCCAAGGCUGUACCGUCAGAGCCGCCCACUGAUUCCACAGUCGCUCAAGGCCGGAAAGAGAAACAAGGCCGGCGAUCGCGGACCUCACUGGGCACUCAUACACAUAGCGGCGUGGCAAAUAUCUCUACGAGUAAUGCCCUGGCGAUGCUCAAGCCUCCUCCUGAAGACGCAAAGCCGGGUAGCGAGGACAUGCCGUGGUUGCGUCUGACAGAGUGGGAGAUGACCAAGCUGCGUAAGAAAAUGAAGAAAAAUGCCGUGUGGCAGCCGAGUGAGGUGAUGAUACACCGCGAACUAGCCCUUCGAGGUCGGGGAUGGGAGGCUUAUAGAGCCGCGAAAGCGCAGGCUGAGGCAAAUGGGACCGAGUUCAUCGACUGCGAUGAUAUCAUGAACAACUAUAUCCCGGGAAAAUUGACCAAGCGGAGUGAAGCAACCAAAGAUACGGAAGGCACAUUCGAGACAAAGUUGAGUAACCGGGGCAUGAAACUGAACGAGGCGAAGAAACUCAAGCGUGAAAAUCAAGCGCGCGAGCAAGCGGCUGCCGCUGCAGCGGAGGCAGAGUUGGCCGCCAAACGCCAGGGACAGGCCGCCUCUCCUAUUAAGGCCCCAGCCCCCAACAGCGAUCAGGCGCAGGCGGGCAAACCAAGCAGAGCCACGAAGAAAAGAAAGCCCGAUGAGAGUCCGGUCAUGGAUGCUACUACCGCCCCUUUGGCAGGUGCUGAAACACGACCUGCGCUGCGAAGUCCGUCGAAACGCCGUAAGACAAGCGACACACCGAUGGAAUCGAGUGUCAGUGUCCCAAGUGCUUCAACUACCACACCGUCAGCUAACGUACCUACGCCCGUGGCUGAAGUGACUGAAACGAAGCCCACCCCUCCACCCGCCUCUCCCAUCGGAUCUAAGCGUUCGGUUCCACUGUCCGGAGCUGCGGUCGCUCCACCUAUUCUAGAGGGUACUACUACAACGCCUCCCGUAACCCGACCCCCUUCCAGGCGUCGCUCCGCUGCUGCGUCGGCCGAACCAGCUCCUUCUAUCGGACUUUUCACGGCAGGAAGAGAGCUUCGGCGAAAGAGUGCUACCCCUGCACGCAAGACCCCAGUUCCAGAUGUUUCUCGAGCAGCUAGCUUGAGUGCGCCUCGUCGCAGGAAGCGGCCCGCCCCAGGCCCCGUAUCAUCAGGACAAGACGGUGGUGCCGCGGUAAGCUACGGCCGCCGUAAGGCUAAACCCGGAAAGAAACGGUUUCGCGAGCACGGGCCGAAGGACGGCGACAUCCGCAUCGAUGAAGAUGGUGUCCUAGAGGAGAUCGACCCUAACGAGCCUCGUUACUGCCUUUGUGGAGACGUAAGCUUCGGCACGAUGAUCUGUUGCGAGAACACUGAUUGCGACAGGGAAUGGUUCCACCUUGACUGCGUCGGACUCUCCGAAGUUCCCAGUCGAACUGCUAAAUGGUACUGUCCGGAGUGUCGCGUGAAGUUCAACAAGGGGUCCGAUGGAAUUGUCAAGAUCGGUCUUCGUCGGUAGUCUAUUCCAUUAUCAUGGUGUUUCUCUGAAAGGAUAGCACUCGAUCUGUCACCCACUCUAGAGUUCAUGAGACCACGACAUCGCAGCGUUAUUUGGGAAUUUUGUGCCUUGUACUGAUUAAUAUUGAUUGAUAUUUUUGCAGCAUGGCGAAGUGGUGGAGUUUGGAGUUAGCUUACUUCGUUCUAACGCAUUAAUUGAGGUUGGGUGUUUUCACUUAUUGUGUUGCUCUCAUCUACGGAUGCCAAUUUGCAUUUGUCCUGUUACAGUUGCGUUUCGCUGGGGAUGAUAUUCU